UACUGGCAAUUGGAUCCACGACUUGUCACCAUUGGUCAGAGUUGGGACGAUAGCGUCAAACAGGCUUCCGAUGAAUACAUGCAUCGAAUGCACCACUUAUGCUGUGAUAAUUGUCAUUCACACGUCUCGAUGGCACUCAAUCUGAUGAGAUAUAAUGGCAAAAGCAAUUACAAUAUGGUCUCCACAUUCUUCCUCUUCACCAUUCACUCCAAAUACAUCAGCUUCUGGUCGUUCCUGAAGACAUGGAUCCCUUUCAUUGUAUUGAUUUCAGUCAUCAUUGGAUUAGUUAUUUAUUUUAAAUGAAUUUAAUAUUUAUUUUUUAAAACUAUUUAUAAAAUUAUUAUUUUAUUUAUUUUACUCACAAUUUGUCA